GUGUUUCCCGACGGUCUUUGUUUGAGCUAGCGCCGAUCUCAUCAUGGCGAGGCAUAUUCGCUUUGUUGCUCGGACAGUGAUGGUUCAAGACGGCGACGUCGAUGCAGCGUACAAGACUUUAAACAGGAUCCUGACUCAGGAAGGGAUUAUUGACACUGUGAAGCGGAAGCGCUACUACGAGAAACCCUGCCAAGAGCGACAGCGGAAGAACUUUGAGAACUGUAGGCGAAUCUACCACAUGGAAAUGGCCAGGAAACUUGCCUUCAUCUCCAGGACGAACAGAGAGGAUCCCUGGCUUGGCUGCUAGGGAAAUGGAGUGUGAUGAAACAGAACAUCAUCAGACCGGUAGAGAUGGAGCCAGCAAAGUGGAGGAAGCAAACAAUGUCAAUGCAGUGUCACUGAGAGAUCUAGAUGAACUUGGGAAAUAGUGAAAGUAAUGGCUUUCAUGAUGUCACGUUGUUUCACAGUAAGAGAAAGACGACGUUUGUAGAUGUGCAUUCAUAUUUGUUUCAACACGUUGCUUUUUCUUUUUUCCCCCUUAAAUUCUGACUGCAGUGCUUAUCUGAAUUUUUGUAGUCAUUCUUAGUUGUAAUGAGCAAGUUAAGGAACGCUUGGUUGAUAAACUUGUGUUUUGAAUCUUCCCACACAGUCUUGCUAAUGGAUAAGCAAAUAAAUGUGAUACAAAAA